UGGGGCUGAGGGGAGGCCCGGAGCCUUUCUGGGGCCUGGGGGAUCCUCUUGCACUGGUGGGUGGAGAAAAGUGCCUGCAGCCAACCAGGGUCAGGCUGUGCUCACAGUUUCCUCUGGCGGCAUGUAAAGGCUCCACAAAGGAGUUGGGAGUUCAAAUGAGGCUGCUGCAGUCGGCCUGAGGAUGGAUCCCGAGCCCUGAGUGGUGCUGCCUGAGCCCCCGACCUGCAGAGCCUGGCACUGAGGCGGCUGCCCGCCCUGCUGUGAGCAAAAGCAGGUUGCGAUCAGCCCAGCAGCACCCAGGCAGGCCAGCCGCCACCUCGUCCCGCACAGCAGGCUACAGUCAGCCGGCAGAGACCCGUGAGGCAGUGCUGUUGGGCAGCCAGGACGGCCUGUGACUCGGGUCUCCUCCUGGAGCCCAUGGACAGGCUGCCCUGCUGACGGCCACCGUGCAGCAUGUGAGGAUCCGCCCUGGGAGCCAAGCAGGAGGAGGAGGCUUUCACAGGUCCCCUCUGCAGAGAGUCACUACCGCAUCGCAAGGACCAUGCGGCCACUGUGCGUGACGUGCUGGUGGCUGGGACUGCUGGCCACGCUGGGAGCUGCUGCAGGCCCAGAGGAUGGCUUUGAGGGCACGGAGGAGGGCCCACAGAGUGAGUUCAUCUACCUGAACAGGUAUAAGCGGGCGGGCGAGUCCCCCGACAAGUGCACCUACACCUUCAUCGUACCCCAGCAGCGGGUCACCGGCGCCAUCUGCGUCAACUCCAAGGAGCCCGAGGUUCUCCUGGAGAACCGCGUGCACAAGCAGGAGCUGGAGCUGCUGAACAGCGAGCUGCUGAAGCAGAAGCGGCAGAUUGAGACGCUGCAGCAGCUGGUGGAGGUGGACGGCGGCAUCGUGAGCGAGGUGAAGCUGCUGCGCAAGGAGAGCCGCAACAUGAACUCGCGCGUCACGCAGCUCUACAUGCAGCUCCUGCACGAGAUCAUCCGGAAGCGGGACAACGCGCUGGAGCUCUCCCAGCUGGAGAACCGGAUCCUGAACCAGACGGCCGACAUGCUGCAGCUGGCCAGCAAGUACAAAGACCUGGAGCACAAGUACCAGCACCUGGCCACCCUGGCCCACAAUCAGUCCGAGGUCAUCGCACAGCUCGAGGAGCACUGCCAGAGGGUCCCCGCCGCCAGGCCCGUGCCCCAGCCGCCCCCUGUCACCCCACCCCGGGUGUACCAGCCACCCACUUACAACCGGAUCACCAACCAGAUCUCCACCAAUGAGAUCCAGAGUGACCAGAACCUGAAGGUGCUGCCGCCGCCUCUGCCCACCAUGCCUGCCCUCACCAGCCUCCCAUCCUCCACAGACAAGCCGUCGGGCCCGUGGAGAGACUGCCUGCAGGCCCUGGAGGACGGCCACGACACCAGCUCCAUCUACCUGGUGAAGCCUGAGAAUACUAAUCGCCUGAUGCAGGUGUGGUGUGACCAGAGACACGACCCUGGCGGCUGGACAGUCAUCCAGAGGCGCCUGGAUGGCUCUGUCAACUUCUUCAGGAACUGGGAGACAUACAAGCAAGGGUUUGGGAAUAUUGACGGUGAAUACUGGCUGGGCCUGGAGAACAUUUACUGGCUGACGAACCAAGGCAACUACAAACUGCUGGUGACCAUGGAGGACUGGUCGGGCCGCAAGGUCUUUGCAGAAUACGCCAGCUUCCGUGUGGAGCCAGAGAGCGAGUAUUACAAGCUGCGGCUGGGGCGCUACCAUGGCAAUGCAGGUGACUCCUUCACCUGGCACAAUGGCAAGCAAUUCACCACCCUUGACAGAGACCACGAUGUCUACACAGGAAACUGCGCUCACUACCAGAAGGGAGGCUGGUGGUAUAACGCCUGUGCCCACUCCAACCUCAACGGGGUCUGGUACCGUGGGGGUCAUUAUCGAAGCCGCUACCAGGAUGGGGUCUACUGGGCUGAAUUCCGAGGAGGCUCCUACUCACUCAAGAAAGUGGUGAUGAUGAUCCGGCCCAACCCUAACACCUUCCACUAAACCUGCUCCCCUCCUGACCUUGCGUGGCCAUCUCCAGGAGCCCGCCCCGGCCGCGCAGGCCCAGCACAAUGAGCAAGUCCUCGCUGGUUCUUUCUGGGGCUGGGAGGACUAGGCCCCCUGGAUUCUGUUUUCCCAAGUCACUGUGCCAGAUGAUGGAAGUGAACUCAUACAGUGUCCUCUGUCCCUCCUACUUUUCUUCACACCCAGAAGCCCCUCAUGUUUCCAGAACAGGACAGGACUGCUGACAACUUUGUUUAAAAAAAAAAAAAAAAAAAA